AUGAUAUACUAUAGUUUGUAUGAGAGUAUAACGAUCUUUUAUGGUCGUAUUGUAGUUCCUCGCAAUUUGGUUUAUGUGAGCGAACUGGGUUGGGGUAGUAUAAAAGGGUAG